CGCGGUGAGGACGCCGGUCGCCGUGGAAACCGAGGGCGUCGCUGCGGCGGAGCAGGUUGUCCUGGCCCGAGGCAGGGACAGUGCUUUGCAGUGGAAACUUUGGAUGGCUGCUUGCCUGUCUUAGAGUACCUGCCCUAGGAGGGUACACUCUGGUGUGACUAAGGUAUAUCUCUCAUAGUGAACCAGCACAAUGGAAAACACAGGGAAGACAAAUAAAAAAGACACACAAGAUAAGCCAAAAGAAAACAAACUGCCUACAAGUGAAGCCCUUCUAGACUAUCACUGUCAAAUAAAGGAAAAUGCAGUGGAGCGAUUCAUGUUUCAAAUAAAAAAGCUUAGAGAAAGGAACCAAAAGUAUCAUGAAAGAAACAGACACUUGAAGGAUGAACAAAUUUGGCACAUACAGAACCUACUAAAGGAGCUAAGUGAAGAGAAACCAGACACAUUACCAGCUGUAUCAAGGGAGGAUGUUGAAGAAGCGAUGAAAGAGAAAUGGAAGUUUGAAAGAGAUCAGGAAAAAAACUUAAAAGAUAUGCGCACACAAAUAACUAACACUGAGAAGCUAUUUAUUGAGAAACUCGGUGAAAAGGAAUAUUGGGAAGAGUACAAGAAUGUAGGGAGUGCACAACAUGCUAAACUCAUUACUUCCUUACAAAACGACAUCAACAGAGUUAAAGAGAAUGCAGAGAAAAUGUCAGAACAAUAUAAAAUCACUCUGGAAGAUGCUAGAAAGAGAAUUAUCAAAGAAACUUUGUUACAACUGGACCGAAAAAAGGAAUGGGCUACACAGAAUGCUGUCAGACUUAUUGACAAGAGCAGUUAUCGAGAGAUCUGGGAAAACGACUGGCUGAAAAAAGAGAUUGCAAUACACAGAAAGGAAGUUGAAAAAUUAGAAAAAGUUAUUCAUGAACUGGAAGAAGAAAAUUUGGUACUUAUUGAUCAGCUUUUCAACUGUAGACUUGUGGAUCUCAAAAUACCCAGGCAGUUGUACCUCACUCAAGCUGCUGGGUAUAAAGGGCCACCUGAAAGGAAGCCUUUGGAGCUGCCGGCAAUCUGUCCAGAAGAGAAGUCAAAAGUGCGACCCAUGGAAGUAGAAAGCAGAGCUACGACAAUCUCAUCAGCUGAGAGCAGUACUCUCCGCCUUAGCCUGCAAGACAGCAUCAGGGAUGCCCGGCAUCUCAAGAUGGAGGAGGAGGAGGAGGAGGAGGAGGAGCUCACAAGCCCAGAGUUUGGAAGUUCUGAUAUGAAGUAUCUGCUUUACGAGGAUGAGAGGGAUUUCCGGGAGUAUGUCAAGUUAGGUCCCCUGGAAGUUAAACUCAUGUGUGUGGAAGGCAAGAAAAUGCCCAUUCAUCCUCAAGAUAAGGAUGCUCCAAUCAAAUUGCACGAAGAUGUCAGAAGCCCAGAAAGUUGCAUCACCUAUAAGAUGGUGAAGUCUCUUCUCUAA